AUGGAAGACGGUACUGAAAUUGUACCAAAUUGCAGGUGUAGGAAAUUCAUAGGGACUCCAGUGGGUUCGAAUAAAUGGUCGACAAGCAGCGGGGCAUCUCCCCGGCCUGGAAAGGCUGCCAAGGGGGGCCGGGUGCCCUUUCAUAGGCGCUCUCCUUUACAAAUUGCACCUGAAAGAUGUACGGGUUCAUACACUCCUCAGGGCGGCCCUCCAUCCUAUCCAAGAACUCAAGAAUCUAUGGCAAUACCUUCAGUGGGAUCUCCUCCUUCCGUAGCUCCUUCUCCGUUACCGAAUCCUCAUUCUCAACCCGCUUCCGUCCCUCCUGGAGACCAAACUAUGCCGACACUGUCACCCCAUCUGCCUACCACCAAUCCUUCAUCUGUCGAUAAGACUCAUACGCCAGACAACCAACCUCCGAAGAGCGUAGAUAGCUCGGCAAACAGUCCUGUCGGUCAGAUGGAUGUCAAAGGCGAACCACAAACUAACUCCAUCUCCAGUCUGGUGUUGAAGAAGCCGGUGUUGAGUAGCAAAGAGUAUGAGGUGGCGCUUGGAGAAGAAGAACGGACUUUAGAGAUGUUAUACGACUAUUCGACUUUAGACGCUUGGCUGAAUCAUCCGGUGAAGAAGUUUAAGCCGGACGGCAAAGAAAACCAUUUAUCGAGUAGGAUAGGUAAACUUGAUAUCUAUUCGUUGUAUGACAAAAAUUGCAAUAUGCAAGUUCAAACUCCACCGGGUUCCACGACCAUCAACCACCACGAAGACGGUAAAAGACUUUCCGGUCAUGGAUGUCCCAAUAUGGGGACAAUUAGACAAGAAGAACUGAGCAAGAUGUUUCCGACUCCUCCGAGUUUGGAACACUACCCUAGUUCAUCUCCAAGUGGCCAGCACGAUUUACCAUCAACAGAGUAUACUGAUAUUGGUAUUGUUAGGAUAAAGCAAGAGAUUUAUCCGAACAUGGGGAGUCCUCAAGAAGAAAAUAUUGUACUGCAUAUUAAUAAAAAUAUGAAGCCUGAUUGCUCACGUUUUAAUCCCUUUCCUCCUAGUCCACUACACAGCGGGUUCAGACCUCCUCCUCCUCCUUACGAGAUGGCCAGUCCCGCUACUUCUACCGCUAGUUCAUACCUCAACAAAAAUCUCAACUCUGUCGAGCCGCUACCUACGCCCAACGUGCAAAGGACUCCGGAGGCUUCCAGCUUGCUGCUCAACAUCCUCCUCACCGACACGACUUUCAACAUCUUCCGGGAUCACAACUUCGACAGUUGUUCGUUGUGUGUCUGCAACGCUGACGGUAAAGUCGUGGGGAACAUCAGGGGAGCGGACGCGGGAAUUUACUUGUUGAAUUCGACUAGCGAUAAGCAUCACCCGCAACCCAGUAGUCCGUAUCCGGGCAGUAAUGUGGGUCAGCCUCCGCCCUAUAGAGGGAUGAUGAACGAUGACCAACACGGCGGCGAAGAUGAUUCUAUAUCGUGUAGUUGCGGCUUUUCGACGGUUGUGAAUAGGAGGUUGGCUUAUGGGAGUGGACUUUUUUACGAAGACGAGAUGGAGAUAACAGGUAUAGCCGAAGAUCCUGGAGAAAAGAAAAAAUCAUCACUCCUCUCGUUUCUUAUGGCCACCAAUUCAGUCAAGAUGGAUUCUAGCAUCGACAGGGAACAGAUUGACAUCCUGCCACACAGUUUAAUAGAACUAGUUCGAGAACAGCUCGUCUUCAUACCAAAUACUUCUAAUUCCUUGUGUCGAGCUGCUAGAUGUGCGCAAACGAAAAUGGGAGUUCAGACCAAUAGCAUCCACGUACUCGAAUACGGUGAUGGUAACGAAGUUACCAGUAUAGCACUGGAGCAGAGUAAAAGUUUACUGGACAAUUUGAGUUUGUGUAAGGUUGAGGACACGAAACAUUCGAAGUCUUCACAAUCAGUCGCAAUGCACAGGUGGCCUUUCUUGAGGGCCACUGGACCACAAUGCAAUCAAGACGUCGUGAGGGUAAUGAGAAACCUCCAACCCCUUCUACAAGAGGCCAUACAGAAAAAAUGUCAGACGAGGCUGUGGGAGGCUCCCUCUGCAGUUAAGGGUCCUCUUACUUGGAGACAGUUCCACAGGCUAGCUGGAAGAGGUACUGACGACAGAUGUGAACCACAACCAAUUCCAUCUGUAAUAGUUGGCCACGAUAAAGAUUGGCUAUCUCUGUCACCCUACGCCCUGCAACACUGGGAAACUCUUUUAUUGGAACCGUAUUCGUAUGCCAGAGACGUGGCUUAUAUUGUAGUCGCACCAGACAACGAUGCUAUACUUCCUAGGGUCAGGACGUUUUUCAGGGAACUCUCAACGGCCUACGAGAUGUGCAAACUGGGUAGACACAGCCCUAUCACGAAGGUGCUCAGAGACGGUAUUCUGAGGGUGGGAAAAACUGCUAAAAUGAAGAUCGGCAAUGAACCUGUCGAGGAAUGGUUCACUCUGUUAGGAGAAGGGGAGACUACUGAUAUGUUGAAGUUGUAUGCGCAGGUAUGUAAACAUCACUUGGCGCCACAUCUUCAACAAGUUCCAAUGGACAAGACCCUCUUAGAUCCACCUCAAGAGAGUAACGACCAACCAGCUCCAAGCCCUAUGCCCCCUCCAAGUACCCCAGACAAUACGGGCGGUCAACAGUCUAGUUCCAGUUCUGAUAAAGGGCCUGUAACCCCGAAAAGUGACCAAGAUGAUGGAAUGAAAGAUUCUUCUCCAAUUAGUAACGUAAUGGAAUCUUUCAACGAUGAUGAUGAGAGGGAGGUACCAUCGGUUGUUGUAUACCUUGUGGAGCCUUUCACGUUGGGUUCCGAUCAGCCAGAAUUGCAAAGAUUGGCUUGUCUUGCUCUCUUGAGAUGUUACCAGUCGAUCUUGGCAGCCGUUCCUGAAAAUAUUCGGAAUAAUAUUAGUGUACAGAUCAUAUCAUUGGAAAGUAUAGUUGAGCUGAACAAGGCACGCGAUAGAAUACGACACAGCGAUCACAUGAGGGCACUGGCGCUCAAUAUUUUUUCGCAGUGCAGAAGACUUCUUGUACAUUCGAACAACGUAAAAUCCCUUACUGGUUUUGGUACUGCUGCAAUGGCUGAUCAUUUCCUCAAAAGUAAAGAUGAAAAAAAUCGCGCUCCUUAUAAACUUUACACUCCACCGUACAUUUUGGCGCCGAUGAGAGAAAAAGUCGGCAGUAUAGAUACGUUUGGAAAGGGAACCCAAGACCAGGCUUCCGUUUUGUACCUGAGCUAUUGUCUUUCCGAAGACCAAAGCUGGCUCUUGGCUGUCGCAACCGACGACCGGGGUGAAAUCUUCGAGACCAUAACGAUAAACAUAGAUGUGCCGAACAGAAGCAGGCGAAAAAAGGCGUCGUCGAGGAGAAUCGGUCUGGAAAAACUGAUGAACUUUAUCUUGGGAGUGAUGUCGCAAAGCGUUAAACCUUGGCGGUUGGUAGUUGGAAGGUUGGGAAGAAUAGGUCACGGCGAACUGAAGGGUUGGAGUUGGUUGUUGAGCCGUAAGAAUCUUUUGAAAACCUCCAAACAUCUGAAAGAUAUCUGUAACCAAUGUUCGAUGAUGUAUCCGAGCGCAGUUCCGUGUAUCCUCAGCGCAUGUCUAGUUAGCUUAGAGCCUGAUUCGGUUCUGAGAUUGAUGCCUGAUCAGUUCACUCCAGAUGAGCGUUUCAGUCAAAUUUCCGUCAAUUCCCAGCUCUCUACACCACAGGACGUCAGCUGCACGCACAUACUUGUAUUUCCAACCAGCGCUACAACAACGUCUUCCCAAACUACCUUCGCCGAACAACACAUUAGCUCUGGAGAUCUGGAUCUUUUCCCCGAUGAUGACAUAGGGGAAGUAGAGGGGAUGAACGAAUUUGAAGAUUUCAUCAAUUGGUCUGAAAUCGGUGGAGGUCAGAGUCCAACAGGAAGCCCUAGAAGGGAGGAGUCGGGAAUCGGCAGUCCAAAUGGCGGCAUGAUUAUCGGGAGGGAAGGAACGCCGAUGAUCGGAAUGAACAUGAGAGGAAACGAACCUACGGAAGAGUUUGGGGUAUUACUUCAACAGCCUUUGGCAUUGGGGUACAUGGUUUCGACAGCUCCUACGGGAAGGAUGCCGAAUUGGUUCUGGUCGUCGUGUCCCCAUUUGGAAGGGGUGUGUCCUGCAUUUUUGAAGAAUGCUCUGCACCUGCACAGCCCAAAUAUACAACAGAAUACCGAAGAUCUUCUCCAGCAGCAGUCCGAGACGACCCAUCCAUUGGAUUCUCAGUAUACCACAGAUGUUUUGAGAUUCGUCCUAGAAGGCUAUCAAAGAGGCCAUAUGUGA